GUUCAAAAAAAGAAACAAUUUUUGGUCAGACCGAGUUGAGACCAGAUCAAAGUUAAUAUCGAUGGACCUGUUCGUAGUCCAAUUGGGUCGGUUUUGACUGGCAGGGUAGGCAGGGAUCAUGCCUGGCUUGGAAUGGGGGCUUCAGAAGCGUGGUGCUAGAAUCAGAUUCAUUGCUUGCUGUCGACAAGAUUAUGGUGGUACCAUUUCCUUACGUGAUCCCCAUGGACAUUUAGCAGCAAGAUGCACGGAGUUGCUUGAAAGAGAUUGGCAAUGCGUUUUCACGUUUUGCGCCAUUCCCAUCAUGAUACGCACAUCUUCUGCGCCGUUAAUGAAGACCUUCGUGGUGUAUAGAGGCGUGGAGCUUUCUGAUGAAUGGCGUUUCCCUGCUGUUGCUGCUGCUGCUGCCACCGGAGUCAUCUGCUGUUGCUGCCGGACCAUAUGCUGCUGCCACCACCGGACCCAUCUGCUGCUGCUGCUACUGUUGUUGUUCAGCCAAAGCCAUCUGCUCUGCUGCUGCUACCGGCUGCCACCACCAGACCCAUCUGCUGCUGUUGCCGCUGAACAGCCAAAGCCAUCUGCUCUGCUGCUACUGCUACCGCCACCGGACCUGCUGCUGCUGUUGCUACCGCCAUCGAGGGCUGCUACUGCUGCUGCUAUUGCCACCGGAGCCUGUUGCUGCUACCGCCACCGAGGCCUGCUACUGCUGCUGCUACCACCACCGAAGCCUGCUGCUGCUGCCACCGCCAAACAGCCUAAGCCAUCUGCUUUGCUAUUGUUGCCGGAGCUAUUUGAUGUUAAUUGGUGGGGAAUGGGGAUCCCCGCGGGGAUCCCCGUUCCCCGUGAGAAACGGAGACGGGGGCAAAAUCUGCCUCUCGUCAAAAAUCCCCGCGGGAAUCCCCGUCCCCGUGAUUCACGGGGACGGGGAUGGGGAAGGGGUCCCCGGCCCCGCGAGGCCCCGUUGACAUCUCUUGGUGGGUGUUGAGCAAGAAUUAGUGGCAGUUCUAAAAUAUUUUGUUUUAACAAAAAAAACCUUGAAUAGAUAUUAUUACCUUUUUUUAGUACACAAACUUAAAAGUUUCACCUUUUUUUAUAUAUUUAAAAACAUAAAGUUUUUUUUUAAUAAAAAUUUAAAUUUAUU